CAUACCUGCCAUCGGAAAGACGGACACGGAUUUAAAGACACUGCGGCCCCAUUAGGCUAGUGUUUCUAGCAUAAACAAUUGGGUGUGGAACAGUAGUGAGUGCGUUUGCGAAGUCAAACAGUCGCUUGAUCUGAGCUAGCGUGGUACUAUAGCGCAACAGGAAGCAGCAGAUGAAGUUAGCUAGCUAGCUAGCUGAGGUGCUCCUAGUGAUGGCUCUGGUUUUGAAAAUAUUCUGUUUACCGUUACGUUGUAGCUAGCCAGUUCGUCAUAUAUGAAGUAUAUAUAUAUAUAUAUAUAUAUCUAUAUUAUGAAUGUCAGUUAUCGUCCUGGCAAGUUUAAGAAUCGCCACGUCUCGUCAUUUAAAAGAACUAAUUUAGCUGAUGUCAACUUAACAUUAGCUAACUAGCUAACGUUAGCGUUAUAAUGCCCAACUCCUUUUAAAUAAUUUGUAGUUAUAUUCGUUGGACUGUGAAAGAGAGAAGGAUCAUUUAUGCCUGGGUUAUAUUUACCUACGUUAACUUUUCAACCUAAUGACUGUCAGUGACGUAAACUGACAGGAAACGUAAAGUUCAUUGAUCAUUAGUCCUGGUAGCAUUUACGGCUAAUCAUAAAUAACUUUACAUUUUCAGUCGUUUCCCAGUCCGAAGCAUCUACGCUGAGAAAGGCUAAGCUUAAUAAAUAGUAAUUUGUUUUCUGGAGUAAACUGUCUUUUGAAACCCAGCGCGUAGGUUAUCCACAAGUUAGCAUGGCUCCUAAAAAGAGACCAGUACCCUUAAACAUUGCUCCUACCGGCGAUGGGUUAUCCACUUCUGUCAACUGUGAUGUUGCAUCUGAGGCCAAUUUAGAAGCACUUAAAAAAAUAUUAGAAGAAUUGGACCUUGAUGAACAACAAAAGAAAAGGUUAGAGGCUUUCCUUACCCAGAAGGCCAAGGUGGGCGAGAUGAGAGAUGAUGACUUCCAGCGUAUCUGUGAGCUGGGUGCAGGCAAUGGAGGCGUCGUCAAUAAGGAAUGCCACAAACCUUCAGGAAUAAUCAUGGCCAGAAAACUAAUUCAUCUUGAAAUCAAACCUGCUAUAAGAAACCAGAUCAUCCGAGAGCUUCAGGUGCUGCAUGAGUGUAACUCUCCUUACAUUGUGGGCUUCUAUGGAGCAUUUUACAGUGAUGGAGAGAUCAGCAUCUGUAUGGAGCACAUGGAUGGUGGAUCUCUGGAUCAGGUUCUGAAAGAAGCAAAGAGGAUCCCUGAAGAGAUUCUGGGCAAAGUCAGCAUUGCUGUUUUGAGAGGCCUUGCCUACCUUAGAGAUAAACAUCAAAUCAUGCAUAGAGAUGUGAAGCCUUCAAACAUACUUGUGAACUCGCGUGGAGAGAUCAAGUUGUGUGACUUUGGUGUAAGCGGGCAGCUCAUAGACUCUAUGGCCAAUUCCUUUGUUGGGACAAGAUCUUAUAUGUCGCCUGAGAGACUGCAGGGAACCCAUUAUUCGGUGCAGUCAGACGUGUGGAGUAUGGGAUUGUCCCUAGUAGAGCUGUCAAUUGGACGCUUCCCCAUCCCUCCACCAGACGCUAAAGAACUGGAAGCCAUAUUUGGAUGUCCUAUCUUGGAUGGUAGUGAGAGAGAGAUGCAGAGCACUUCACCCAGACCCAGACCACCGGGAAGACCAGUUAGUGGUCAUGGCCCUGCAAUGGCCAUCUUUGAACUACUAGACUACAUAGUAAAUGAGCCCCCUCCCAAACUACCACAUGGCAUCUUCACCUCUGAUUUCCAGGACUUUGUGACAAAGUGUCUCAUCAAAAAUCCAGCAGACAGAGCUGACUUGAAAAUGUUGAUGAACCACACAUUUAUCAAGCGGUCUGAGGCAGAGGAAGUAGACUUUGCUGGCUGGCUCUGUAAAACGAUGGGACUGAACCAACCUAAAACUCCCACCCGCGCUACAGACUGAAGACACACACUCACACACACAGUAUGUACAUGUGAAAACAUGGAGAAGCUGCUGCCUAGACACUUUGUUUGCCACAUCUUCCCUCAGGUGAACUUCUGAAGACUCCAUCAAUCAAUGGGACUCUACAGACAUCACAUGCUAGGAAAGAUACUAAGAUACUGUGUAUACAGUCUGGCCCUUCUGUGGAAAGUCAGUACACAGGCAUUCUGUUAUGCAUAAAUAUUCUCUUAAAUCAAUUACAACUUAGUUUCUGAGAAUGUGUAUUGGCAAUGUAGAGAACAUUGGUCAUCAAUAAUUUGUGUUAAUUUCAGUUCAGGUUUUGGGGCCAUUAAAUCUCUUACUGGGAGACUUAACAAAGCUGUAGUUGCUAGAUUGGAAUCCUGUCAUAAAUGCUAUGAAAGCGAUUAUGCUUUUGUUCAGUCUCAUCCACUAUCCUGUAGUUCUACAGAGUACAUGCUGUGUCAAAACUGGAAAAGAUAUCCCUUGAAAGAGAAUGAAAAGGAAUAUAAUAGCAGUGUAAUUUUAUAACACGUCUUUUUGAACUCUGUUUUUCAGUUUUCUUGUCUGAACUUUUCACAAGUGUUCUGACACUCACAGCACGAGUGUGUCAAUCUCAGUUAUUACAAUCAUGGUUAAGCAUCUGUACGCAUGUACAGACAGAUACAUGUAUGAAUUUGUUUUUACAUGUGUUAUGCAAGCACAUUGAGAAAUGUUAGAAUAAGAUUAUUUUACCAAACGGGUUGGGUUAUGUCUGUAUGUUAGCAAGAGAAUAAUUGAUGACACUAGGAGGAUUUUUUUUUUUUUUUUUUUGAAUUUAUUGACAUGGCUGGUUUCUACAAAAUUUGAGAUGUCUUGAGGUGAAGCACAAUGUUUAAACAUUUUAGCAUGACCCUCAUGUGUAAGCCAAAAAUAAUAAAAAGUUGCAACCUUUAAUGCA